CUGCUGUUCCGCGGAAUGCCUCUCAGCCCUAUCAAUUGAACGUCGAAACUUCUUGCUCUGAAACUGACAAUAUGGCGACCUUUCGCUUGGUUUACAAAAAUCAAAUUCAGCACGUGUGUAAAGGUGCCAAACUACAAUCGUGAAAAUAUGGGUGACAACAGACAGGAGCAGACUUACGAUGGCCCCGCCGGUAUGCAGCCGGAUGGAGUGAUCGAGUCUAACUGGAACGAGACCGUCGACAACUUCGACGACAUGGGUCUGAAGGAGCAACUGCUUCGCGGUAUCUAUGCGUACGGUUUUGAGAAACCGUCUGCCAUCCAGCAGCGUGCUAUUAUGCCGUGCAUCAAGGGCCACGAUGUCAUCGCCCAGGCCCAAUCUGGUACUGGUAAAACUGCUACGUUUUCCAUCGCAAUCUUGCAAAAGAUUGACACCACCAUUCCAGAAUGCCAAGCGCUGAUUCUGGCUCCCACUCGAGAGCUGGCGACCCAAAUCCAGAAGGUCGUAAUCGCCCUCGGUGAUUACCUUAGCGCUCAAUGUCAUGCCUGUAUUGGCGGUACGAACGUGCGUGACGAUAUGCGUAAGCUGGAGAUGGGAUGCCACAUUGUGGUGGGAACACCGGGACGUGUGCAUGACAUGAUUAAUCGUAAAUUCUUGCGCACUAGUCACAUCAAACUGUUCGUUCUGGACGAAGCUGAUGAGAUGUUGUCCCGUGGUUUUAAAGAUCAGAUUCAGGAUGUUUUCCAGUUGCUACCAACUGAUGUCCAGGUCAUUCUGCUGUCAGCUACCAUGCCGUCUGAGGUGUUAGAGGUCUCGACUCACUUCAUGCGUGACCCAAUUAAGAUUUUGGUCAAGAAGGAGGAAUUGACAUUGGAAGGUAUUAAGCAGUUCUACAUUGAUGUGAAACAGGAAGGAUGGAAACUCGGUACGCUGUGCGACCUGUACGAUACGCUGUCCAUCACUCAGGCUGUAAUAUUCUGCAACACCCGCCGCAAGGUCGAUCAGUUGACUGCUGACAUGGCCGCUGAAAGUUUUACCGUUUCGUCUAUGCAUGGUGAUAUGGACCAGCGUGACCGUGAUUUAAUUAUGAAGCAGUUCCGUACUGGAUCAUCGCGUGUUCUCAUCACCACUGAUCUUCUCGCUCGUGGUAUUGACGUACAGCAAGUUUCGCUAGUUAUUAAUUAUGAUCUACCAACGCUACGGGAAAACUACAUCCACAGAAUUGGUCGAGGUGGACGUUUCGGUCGAAAGGGAGUUGCUAUUAACUUUGUUACUGACGCUGACAAACGAGUGCUGACUGACAUUGAAAAACAUUACAACACAACAAUUGAGGAAAUGCCAGCAAAUCUGGCUGAUAUGCUGUAAUUCCUACCAAGCGCUCAGCAAUCAACAACAACUACUCCAGCAACAGCAGCAUAAACAGUAUCAAAGUCAACAUCAGCAACAACAAAGUUACAAACAACAACGACCGAAUACGACCAGGCAAGUACCAGACAUCCCCAGCAAGGACGAACGACAGCGACCGAUUAACAAGCACUACUUACAAACUAUAUUUCACUAUCAGACGUGUGUCGUAAUUAAGAUCAAGUUCCGAAGCAAAAUUCUUCAUCGAAAACCAGGUGUGCAAACAAAUCUGUUGUCAAUCCCCACAAAAUCUGUUUGAGAAGAUAAAACAAUUACAUGUGUACUAAAAAGCAAAUCAACAAUCAUCAUCAAGUUGAAUAAAAAACGAAACGGCUACAAAACUAUUUAGACACAAAGUAAAACAACCAACACCUUUAUCAACUCUAAAGAAACAUCCUAUUUUUCUAUUCUUUUUUCAUAUUCCUAAUCCUUACAUAAAUGUAAAACUCGUUUAGUGCUAGUUAGUGUCAGUUAACGCAGGUACAAUUAUUGAGAAUAUCGGCGGUCGUGAACACUGUUGCGGGGCCUCAUCUCGGGAAAUUACACAUUGGCGUGCACCUCAACGGUGGAGGUCAGGGUGUUCUCCGAGAUGAGGGCCCGAAACAGUGUAACCAAGUGCGUAUGCGAUCUAGGGAGCCACGAAGUGAACUAGCAUUAGUGAAACUACUUUUAAGAUUAAACUCCCAAACGCUAGCAGUCAAAACAUUAGUAAAAGAAUGAGCAAGGUUAGCGGAGCGGAUAAAUGGAUAACAUUGUCAAAGUUGCUUGGUAAUUCUUGGAUAAAGCAUCGCGUUUUGUCCGCUGUGCCGCUCUAACAAGUCUUUUUUUGAAUUUAAGCUAUUUCGGUUGUAUAUUUUUGUUCAUAAACAUGCGAAAUAUGAAAACAUCUGCUUAAAAUAAAUCAAUACAGCCUA